GCGGUUAGCUUGCUCAUAUAUGCACACACCGCUAGUCUCGACGACAACGAUAAAGAAUCAAAGGACCUGGGAUAUCGCGGAUGAAUCGACAAGAUGCCUCUCAAAUUUGCAGCUAACAUUUCUAUCAUGUUCACAGAGAUAUCGAGCUUCGCCAGUCGUUAUGCCGCGGCUAAAACAGCGGGAUUUCGAGCUGUGGAAUGUGUUUUUCCGUACGACUUUUCGAAAAACGAAAUCGCAUCAGCGAGGAAGCAAGCGGGAGUUGAUCAUGUUUUGAUGUCCAGUUGGCCAGGUGAUAGAACAGCGGGGGAGUUUGGCCUGGCUGCUCUCCCUGGAAGACAGAAAGAAUUCCAGGAAACUUUUGAGCUUUCCAUUGAUUACUGCAAAGCUCUUUGUUGCAAGAGGAUGCAUGUUAUGUCUGGAAAGAUUCCAGCCCAUGAGGAAAGUCAACGGUCAACCCUUCUCUCUCAAAUGGAGGAUACACUGGUGGAGAAUUUGAAGUAUGCAGCUGAUAGACUGAAGAGGGAAGACAUCACAGCUGUAAUCGAGCCUAUUAAUGAUAGAUACACCAUUCCAAACUACUUUCUAACAAGGCAAGACCAAGCGGUCAAUAUAAUCAAGAGAGUUGACCGUGACAAUGUGAAACUGCAGCUGGAUGUGUACCAUGUUCAACUCGUCCAUGGUGAUCUGACAAAGAUCAUCAAGGAAUACAUGCCUUAUGUGGGUCACAUCCAGGUAUCACAAGCCCCUGGAAGAAAUGAGCCCAGUCUUAAGGGAGAGAUAGACUACGACUAUAUCUUUGAUGUGCUCGAAGGGACGGAUUACGAUGGCUGGAUUGGAGCAGAGUAUAAGCCCUCUACAGGAAACACUGAAGACAGUCUAGCAUGGUUUCAGAGAUUCAGAUGAUGAGGAGCAAGACAUGCUAAAGGGUCUCUUUCAUAAAGCUUAGUGAUUGAUCAUGGGGACUGAUUUCUAUAAUUGAUUGCAUUUAUUAUUGUGUAUGACUAUGAUCAAUCACUAAAACCAACUCAAUGAUUAACCAGUAAGCUUUAGUUUAUAGUGCUCAUUUGUGUGUGAUCCAGAUGGCAUCAAAUUAGUAUCAAAUCUGAAAUUAUAUGGAUUCUUGGGCAUCACUUUCCAUCUAUGAUGAUGCAAAAAUGUGCAAAUUUUGUGGAUCUAUGGAAAACGGGACACUACCCUAUCCAGGGCCCGGUCUUACAAAUAGUUGUGAUUGAUAUGAUCAAUCUCAAGUAUGGAAAGCCAAAUGAUGCGAACAUCUUUAGUUUGUACUAUCAACUUCUCCAAAUUUAUCAGAAAAUAUAAUGAAGCUUAAUGUACACAUACAAAAUAUUUAAACAAUUCAUUUGUACAAAUGGAUGUUUCGAGUUUGGUUUAGUACUGUUAAAAAAAGAUAAUACUUUGGUAAACUUUGGUUUCAAGGGUACAGCUGUUUAACUGAAGCAAUAUAAUGACAAUCGUCUUAAGUCUGUUAACCAAUGGGAAGCAGGCAACAAUUUUCUCCAUCUAGAGAUGGCAGUUGCCAGAGGUUCUACGUUUCCAGGACAUCGUCCAUUUGUCCUGUUUUCACUCUCUUGAUAACUUACAAAAUUAUUUUACUGAUCUACUUGCAAAUUGGGCAGUGUAUGCAUACAUAGGAGUGACAGUGAUCUGGGUACGUAUUGGGGGUCACAAACUUCAACUUGUUAAAUCAUGAUGUGGUGAUGACCUGUUUAUAAUGUGUGGGACUCAUGGACAAAGGUUACAGAGGUCAUUAUGGAUCUGAAAAUAUCUUGUUCCCAUGGUAACUAAAAGAGUAAUUUGAGGGAUCAACUUUAAAUCUGACUCUUGUGUGCAUAUUGGAGCAAAGAUCAUGUCAUCAGAUUUUGGGGUCACAAGGUCAGAGGUCAUUGUCUCAUUUUGUCACAUGUUUUGUAGAUCCAAUGGAUCGAUUCAAUUUACUUUGGUUCAUGUAUAUAUGAGUGAUGUGAUAAGAUUAGUGCAGAUUUUCAAAAUUUCUGAUCUGGCAAUAGCAGAUGCAUGAUUUAUUAUUGUGCAGUUGAUAAUCCAUUUGGUUCAAAUAAAGUUACAUACAUGUAUGUUGUAAUGACAAGUCUUGACAUGAACAUAGAAUAAUAGAUUUUUGAUAAAUAAAAUAAUAAAAAGUUAUUUUUAUAUGAAAGCAUUCAGUUUCAAUGUUUUAUUUCAUUGUGUAUUUCACAUUUUUUGUGAUUUUGGCAUGUGUGAAAAUCUUUUUGCCCAAACUGUUUGAUUGAAUAAUUUGUGAAAAAAUUGAUAGAGUAUGAAAUAAAGGUGACAAGUAAAUGUACACGAAACUUUACUAGUAUCACCAGAACCAUGGGAGGGAAAAGAAUGAAGGGAAGGAAAAUUAGGGCGAUAAGAAAGACAGUUCUAAGGAAAGAAUGGGGGAUGUACGUAAAAGAUGAAAUAACAGAGGUACGGAGGUGAGAGAAGGUAAAAACAGGAA